AUGUCUAAAGACAACAAACCAACGCAGAAAGUAAAUUCCAAAUUCUCAAAGGAAGUGUUUCUUAAGAUAAAAGGAUUUAUUGAAGAUUCACAAAAUAAAGGUUUUUUGAUUUCUGCGAAUUCGUUAAGUUGUUUCAACGAAGAGGAAACAAGUGGAAAUAUCGUUGAAAUUGAGUCUUCAGAUUUGGAUACUUUUAAUGUGACAAAGAAGUGGACAACAAUAACAGAAAAAGAAGGGACUAAAGAAGAUGUCAAUACGGAAAAUGAGCGAUUACAAGAAGCUAUUAAAGGACUUCCUAAUGAAAUGGUUUUAAGUUUAGAUGAAUUUGGAUUUCAAUUAUGGAAAUUAAUUCAUAAAAUUCCUAUUAUAUCUUUGAAUGAUAAUGCUCAAUCUAAUCAAUGGUAUGGAAGAGAGAUUAAAAUGUCUCCAUCAUUAAUUUGUAUUAAUAAAAAUAGAGAGUAUUUGACUCCCUUCCUAAAAUUUCCUCCUUUUGAGGAAGCCAAAAAAAUGAUAACUCAAGAAUGUUUUAUUCCUAAGAAUAAUAAUAACAAAGUUGUGUAUUAUUACACUAAAACUGAAUUCCAAGAAUGGUAUAAUAAAGUUGUUGUACAACACGCAAUAAAUGUAAGGUCAUAUUUAAAUAUUGAUCGUAAUGUUGUGGUGAUAAUGGAUGAAUAUUUUAAACCUUUUGUUGAACCAUUACAAUGUCCAGGAGUUUUUCCAUUCUUUAUUAAGACUGAAUGCUCAGACCAAGUCAAUUUUAUUUCAGGAGUUAUUAAUUCAUAUCUUAAUAUGUUAAAGAAUGAGUAUGAUAUUAACGAAAAUACAAUAGAAGGAGAUAUUCCUGGAUUUAUUAAGGAAGUACUUAAUAACCAUUUAUUCAUUUACAAAUUAUUAGAAAAUUUAGAACCAGCAUCAUCAACACCUAUUAAAUUUAUUAAUCAAAACACUAAAGUUAAUAUAUAUAACUACUUGACUAAUUCUAAAAAUGAAUCAGAAAAGACUAUGAUAACCGAUUCUAUACAAAAAAAUGAACUUAUAACUUUUAUUAAUCAACUUUUAUUAGAAAGAAAAUGUGUCACUUUAGACACAAUCAAAAACUAUUGUAAAAUUAGAUUCCAAAUAGAUGUCAAUGAAGAAGAGUUAAAUGAAAUUAUAAAAACGAUUGGACUUAUUACUAAAACUGACUUUUGUAAUGUUGAAAAUAAAGACUUUUUAUUAAGUGAUGUUGAAGAGUUUGUUCGUGGGAUGUUAUAUUAUCAGGAAAUACCAGUUAAUAGAACUGUCUUUAUUGACUUUUUUGACUAUCGACUUAGUGCUGCAAAUAGAAUGAAAAUUGUUACUGAUAAGCAACACCUUAAUGAAGCUAUGACUAUCUCAAGAGAAAGUGUACAAUCAAGCAUUGCAACUGCAUUACUUGGUGAUGGACCAUUAUUACCAUUAUUGGUUGGAAUGAGUCCAUUUGCUAAAGAAAAGAAUGGAAUGGCUUUAGAACAAAGUGGACAUAUAGUUAUACCAAAAGAGUAUAUUGAAUUAAGUGAUUUCAAACAAUGGGUAUUAUAUAUUGCCAGAUAUGUUAAAGAGUUGUACUUAAAAAAAAAUAUACAUGAUACUUCUCCUAAACAAUUCCUCAUUGUUAUACCUAAAUUCUUCUAUGAACUUAUACAACAAAUUAAGAAUGAAUUAUCUAAACUUGGAUUUGUUGUUGUCUUUAUUUCUGAUAAUAUUAGUUGUGUUACUCCAUUAAGUGAUAUGAUUAAUAGAGUGAUUGAUAAUAUCAUUAGAGAUAGAACUAUUCUUCCAGGUAAGGAUAUAUUAACUUUAGAUUAUAAUUUUCAAAUAGCUAAAAAAGUCAUUGAUGUUUGUCGAAUUGAUGUUAUACAGAUGGUGUGUUGGCCAUGGAAAUAUUAUCAUGACUCAAACCAGUUUACUUUAGGAAAUAUUGUUUCUGAAAUUCGUAAGAGAAAAGAGUGUUAUGAUUUUAAGACAUUAUGCUCUCCAAAAAAACUCAUUGGUGCAGACCUUCCUUGUGAUACUUUUAAUCUUAUGAAUGUACCACAAUUUUAUAGAAAUUCUAUCAGGUUAUUCAUAGGGUCUAACAAAUUUUCUAAUGCUUCUACGAAAACUGAACAAUUAAAUUUAUUAAAAGGUGUAUAUCAACGAUUUGGACUAAUUCCUCUUCAAACUUUAUUUGAGGAAGCAACCAAUUUAGUAGUGAAAAGGAGCUAUUAA